AAGCCCAGACAGGCCCAAGAAGUAGUGAGGUGAGGUUUGUGAAAGCAGGAAGCGAGAGAGAAACAAAUUGAUAAUCAUUCACAGAAACCAGCGGAAGGAAGAGGAAGAAGAAAGACAUGAGCGAGGCCGCAGCAAAACGACAAGGUGGGAGGCCGUUGCCUCCGCCUCCAAGAGGCCCUCCUCCCCAUGCUUCACGACCUCGCCCCGACCCCGUCGAUCGCGAAAAGACAUGCCCUUUGUUGCUCCGAGUCUUCACUAAGAUUGGAGGUCAUCAUACAAUGGAAGAUUUCGCUGUCAGAGGGAAAGAGCCCAAGGACGAGGUUCAGAUUUAUACCUGGAAGGACGCUACUCUCAGAGAGUUAACUGAUCUCGUCAAAGAAGUGGCUCCAGCUGCAAGAAGGAGAAAUGCAAAGCUUUCAUUUGCCUUUGUGUUUCCUGAUAAAAAUGGCCGUUUCAAAGUUCAAGAGGUGGGCAAGACAUUAUCGUUUGGUACUGGUAGAUUAGAUGAUGGCAAGGCUUUAGCUGACCUUGGUUUUGAGAUUGGUGAUUACUUGGAUGUGUCUAUUAUUGUGUAGGUUAUUAUGAUUGCAUCUGUAACUAUGUGUUUUGGGCUGCGUAUGUGUGAAGGCCCUUGUAUUUUGGAGUUAAAAGACUUAUGUAUUGAAUGUUUAGUUUUUAAUGUCACAUGAACUAAAAAAUAGGUCUAGUUUCUUUGAUUGCAAAAAAUGAGAGAUUUGCUAUUUGAUUAGCCCUCUCUGCUGUGGCAGAAAAGAAACAAUUACAGCCUUAAUGCCUAUUAUCAUGGACUCUUCACUGUA